AUGUUUCUGGUUCGUAACACAAAAACUCUUAUUCAACAAUUGAGAGAAGAUGGUUGGGAUAAAUUACUUGCUAAUGUGAGAUAUUUUUGUGUAAGACAUGCUAUUGAGAUUCCUGAUCUCGAUGAUUUGCAUUCAACAACAAGAUUUGGACGCUCUCGUCUCGAAGAGAACCAGGUAACAAUAGAGCACUAUUUUAGAGUUGAAAUAUUUUUUACUACCAUUGAUAAACAAUUACAAGAGUUGAAUAGUAGAUUUAGUGAGGAGGCAAUGGAUUUGUUAACUCUAAGUUGUGCUUUGACUCCUAAGGAUAGUUAUAAAGCUUUUGAUGUUGAUACUAUUUGCACUCUUGUUGAUAAAUACUAUCCCAUGGAUUUCAAUGAUCAAGAGAAGAUUCACUUGUGUUAUCAACUCGAGCAAUUCAUUGUUGAUGCCCGCAAAGAACCAUGUUUGAAGAAUUUAUCAACUAUUCAAGAAUUAUGCUCGUGUUUGGUUGCAACUGAGAGGAAUAAAAUUUACUUCUUGAUUGAUAGACUACUCCGCCUUAUCAUGACUCUUCCAGUUUCUACAGCCACAACUGAGAGAUCUUUUUCAGCAAUGAAUAUUAUCAAGACUAGGUUGAGAAACAAGAUGGGAAGUGGGUUUCUAAAUGAUACCAUGACAGUUUAUAUCGAAAGGGAAAUUAGUGCAAGUAUUAGUUCUGAGUCAGUUAUUGAUGAUUUCAAGUUAGUUGGAUCACGUAACGACUUAUUUUAA